AUGAGCAUUGUAAAAUUUUAUUUACCUUCAAAGGUACAUGUCGACGCUCUGGCCAAACGUCUCGACGAAGCAAACAAGUGUCGCCGAAGCGCGACCCCAACCGGUUUCGUCGAAGCACGAUCCCGAGAAAAGCAAGCGUCGCCGAAGCGCGACCCCAACCUGUUUCGUCGAAGGACGAUCCCGAGAAAAGCAAGUGUUGCCGAAGCGCGACCCCAACCGGUCUCGUCAAAGCACGAUCCAGAGAAAACCGGUCUCGCCAAAGCGCCGAGCCUGAGAGAAACAAAAACCAAAGUAAACGGACUGAUCAUCCAUGAGGAGCAUAACUACUUCAUCAUCUCGACAUCAACGAAAGCUAUUGUCAAGUCUGAAGAUUUAUCCUCUUUGACGAGCAUAUAUCAAAUCCGAGAAAAACAAGUGUCGCCGAAGCGCGACCCCAAUCAGUUUCGUCGAAGCACGACCCCAAUAAGUGUUGCCGAAGCACGACCCCAAUCGGUGUCGUCGAAGCACGACCCUAACAAUCUCGUCGAAGCACGAAUCCGAGAGAAAUCAUCACAGCAAUCUAUUCUCCUUGACGAGACAAAAGAGUCAUCUCGUCAAGUUUUAACGAGACUGUACGGAUCUAAAGUCAAUAACGCAACGCAGCAUCACGUCAGCGCAGCAUCGCGACAGCAUCGGCAUCGCGUCGACAUCGCAUAA